CAACAGCUUCUCUACUCGCCAUGAGCUCAGAGACAUGAUGGAGAACUGAUUGAGUCUUCCAGAAGAAACCUUCAAUAACUUAAACUUGUUCUUUCGCCACAAUUAAUUGCCAAAGGCAAAGUAUAGGAAAUCAAUGUGAAAGAAACCAAGAUGGCAGAAGUCCCUGGAUAUGUUCGCAGUCUGGAGAUCCCGUCAAAGAGGCCAAAAGUCACAGAUGACCCCGUCAUUCCAGAUACUGGGGCUGCAUCGCAGGAACCCACACUGCCAGUUUUCAACCGUAAACUUCGGAAAGCAGCAGUAGGAACAGGCUGCGACAUCCGACUCAGAGUAUCGGUGGCAGGAUUUCCGAAACCCACGCUCACCUGGUACCACAACGACGAGCCCAUCCCUCCUUCAGCGGCCCAGGACUCGGGGGGUCUGUGGAUCCGAGACUGCCGCACCAGCGAUGCCGGCUUGUAUACCUGCGUGGCGACCAAUGAGCUGGGAGAGGCAACAUGCAGUGCUGUGCUGGCCAUCAUGGACCUUGGUGAAGACUCUGAGGCGACAGAGGAUGAGACCACAGAACCCCAGAUGGAAACCAAGGAAGGGGCCGGGAGGCACCAAGACAAGGCUGGACGGAGAGGACCUUCAGGUGAGGGAGGAGGGCUGAUGGAUUAUAACCCGGACGCUCCAGAUCGCAGAGCCACCCUCCCUGGCGCGUAUGACCCAGUCGUGGAGCGAGAGCUUCGCACUCUGGGCUCCCGUCCUCCAGGGCCCCACAUGGACCCCACUAAUCCAGCCAGGACUCAAACAGUUGACCAAUCGCAGGAGCUCUCCUCUCGUGUCCCCCUGUCUUGUCCCACCACUCACAAAAACAGCAUCGGUACCCCAAACCGAGACCUGGACAAACCCAAGCCUUCAGAUCCCUGGUCCUCUAAAACUGACCAGUCAUCUAGUGUUGCUAUGAAACCCAAACUGGCUCGUGCAGGGCCCAGGAUCUCUGACAAGGUUCGUGCUUAUGAGGAUGUGACAGAAGGAUUAGGUGCCGUUUCAGGCUUUGGACGGGCAAGGUCCUUUGAUUUGGGUGACAGCGUGAAGAAAACCGGAGGCCCAGAUAAAGGAGACAAGCAAAUCCUUCAGGGCUCGGCUCAGAAGCGAGCAGCAUUCAAGCAACGGGCUUCGUCUUUGGAAGACAAGAUGAGCUACUCCCAGAAGGUCCAGAGCUACCAGAACAAAUUCACAGAAGAGCUCCAGAGGAUCAAGAAGCUUGUGGGCAAGCCGAGUUUGAAGAAGGCAUACUCUACAGAACAGCUGUCACAGAAAGAGAGGCCGCCUGUGGGGAAACUAGAGCCCAUUCCUCCUCAAGUGGUGAAAAAGUUGGAGGCAAGGGAGCGAGCCAUAGAGGAAGCAAAAGUUGUAGAGAGGGAAGGAGGCGGCAGAAAGAGGAUUCCUCCCCAGACCAAAGACAUCGAUCUGGGGAAUCGAAGAAAAGACCCUGAAAAGGAUAAGGUGACACUGCCAGAUUUACAGGGGAAGCCAGUGAACAGCUCAUCACAAGGACAUAGUGGGAAAGACACUGUUACCAUGGAUACAGCACCAGUUCACCAGUUACCAGGGCAACCAUUGCCAACAGUCACAGGGAAAAGCCUCACCAGCUUCACAGCAGCUGACAAAGACACACUUGUUGCCAAGUCCUCGUCCUCCAGCAGGGACCUGGGGAUGGAUUUAAAGAGAGACACCAAGCUGGACAGCAACAGAGCCGGCCGCAGGUCACCCAGCCCAAACGAGAGGACAGGCUCCCAGUGUCCACCCAAGCCCCCUCGACUCAGUCCAUCGCCUAGCCCGGGUUUCAGCCCCCUCUUAAAGAAGAGGAAGGCAGAUGUGGGGAGGACGUCCCCUGCGUUGAAAGUGAACAUCCCCACGAUCCUGGUGGAGGACGAGCCCAUGGAGAUGGAGUGUGCUGCAGACAGGAGCAAGAGGAAAGAAGGCAGAGUUCGUAAGAGCAAAAGAAGUUCUGCUCAACCCCGCUCUCCAGAGGAAGGAGCCUCAUCCGAUGACUCUUACCUGUCGGCUGAUGAGGAUCCGGCUGAGCCCCCGCGGUUUGAGAGGCCUCUCGCGGCCACCGCAGCAGCCAUUGGCUCAGAGGUCAAACUCAAAUGUGUCAUCACAGGGAACCCAACUCCUACAGUGACAUGGAGGAAGGAUAAUGCGGAGAUACGGAGCGAUGCCUUCCAUGUGGUGAAGGCUGCGGGUGACGAGCACAGCCUGGCAAUAAAGCAGAUGAGGCCGAACAAUGCCGGGUCGUACUGCGUCACAGCUGUCAGCACGGCGGGCAAAGCGUCCUGCAGUGCCGCACUCCACGUCCAGUCAGAGCCGACCCACAUGGAGCGUGGAAAACCAACAGUUCCCCUGGAAGUAGGCAGUCUGAUUCAGUCAGAUGAGGAGUAUCUGAGUCCACAGGAGGAGGUGAUGGAGGUUGAGGACAAAAGUGUCCUCUUCAAAGAGCCCCCCUCAUUUCAGGUGGAACCAUGUGAUCAGGGAAUCACUGAGGGUCAAGACCUCAUCAUCUCAGCGAAGGUCAGAGGGCACCCCAGACCCAUGACUUACUGGUUGAGAGAUGGAGUCACGGUGAGGACGGCAGGGCGCUUCACUGUGCGAGAGAUGAACGACGGCACCAGGGAAAUGAGAAUCAGCCCGGCUCACAGGUCGGACGCCGGGCUUUACGUCUGCAAGAUCAUCAGCGAGUACGGAAGCAAGCAGGCUGAGUGCAGAGUGGAGGUCGUAGCAGCCACGGUGCACACAUCGCUGGGAAUCAGCCGGCAGGUGAAAGACGUGGCUGCGAGGGCAGGAGAGUCGGCCAUGUUUGAGUGUUACAUCACGGGACCUCCAGAUGUGGAUGUGGACUGGCUGUCCAAUGGGAAACUGAUCCAGCCCGCGCUCCUCAACUGCAAGAUGCAUUUUGAUGGAAAGAGGUGCCGCUUACUGCUGAAUUCAGUACACGAGGAUGACAGUGGGACGUACACCUGCAAGCUCAGCACUGCCAAAGAGGAGUUGACCUCCAGUGCAAACCUGCGGGUCACUCCUUCCAAGGAGCCUCUGUUCACGCGUAAACUGGACAUCCUGGAGGUCAUCGAGGGCCGCACGGCCCGCUUCGACUGUAAGGUGAGCGGAUCGCCUGCUCCCAGAGUCAAAUGGAUGCAUUUUGAUGCGGAAGUGGAAGAGAGUGAAAAUAUUCACAUCCUUCAAGAGGGUGGCCGUCACUCACUUGUCAUCACCCACGUCAGCAGUGACACCGAGGGCUUCUACACGGCACUUGCUCAAAAUGUCCACGGGAAAGCCGAAUGUACCGCCGAGCUGUACGUGCUAGAACCACGGGCUGCCAUCACAUCUCACAUGGCCAAGUUGGAAAAGAUGCCGUCCAUCCCAGAGGAGCCUGAGGGUGUGGAGGGUGAGGUGGAGAGGAGGACCAUGCCGGACUUUGUCAAACCCCUCGCCGACAUGGACGUCACUGAAGGGAAGGAGGUGGUGCUGGAGUGCAUGGUGGCGGGUCUGCCUUACCCGACCAUCGCCUGGUACCACAACGGCAAGCGGAUUGAGAGCAGCGAAGAGCGGAAAAUGACCCAGUACAGGGAUGUCCACAAUCUGGUCAUUCGGAGCGCUUGUCAUGCUCAUGGGGGCGUCUACAAAGCUGUCAUCUCCAACAAAGUGGGCAAAGCAGCUUGUUAUGCACAUCUAUAUGUUUCAGAUAUAGUUCCUGAUCCACCUGAUGGUCCUCCAGUGAUAGAAGCCAUUACAGGGAAAACGAUAAGUCUCAGCUGGAAGAGACCAAAGAGACUUGACCCUUCACUUGACGCAAGCUCGUUGCUGUAUGUGGUCCAGCAGCAGCCUCUGGGCUCGACCCAAUGGUCUGUCAUUGCAUCAAACCUGAAGGAGACCAGCUACACCGCCACCUCACUGUCUAAGGGGGUUCGCUACGCUUUCAGAGUCCUGACAUCCACUGGCAAGACACAGAGCAAACCGUCACCCUCCACUGACCUGGUCCAGCUCCUGGAUAGAGGGCCUUAUCUGAGGAAAGCACCGGUCAUUUUGGACAAACCAGACAUCAUGUAUGUGGUGGAGAACCAACCUGCCAGUGUCACCAUUACACUCAAUCAUGUGCAGGCAGUUAUCACCUGGAAGAGGAGGGGAGUGGUGCUGGUCAACAGGCCGGGGUUGUUCGAGAUGAGCAUGCCGGACGACGAUCAGCACACGCUGAAGCUCCAGAGGGUCAGGAGCACAGACGUGGGCCAGUUGGUGGUGACGGCCAGCAACCAGUUUGGCAGCGAUCUCUGUACGCUUCAGCUAGCUUUGGCAGUGCCACCCAAGUUUGAAACCAUCAUGGAGGAUGUGGAUGUGCACAUGGGGGAGACGUGUCGACUGGCUGUUGUGGUUGAAGGGAAACCAGAUCCAGAUAUUCUGUGGUAUAAGGAUGACGUGCUUCUCAGUGAAAGCAGCCACUUCACAUUCGUUUACGAUGACCCCGAAUAUUCCCUCGUCGUACUCAACGCUCGCCCCGAGCAUUCCGGCGUCUACACCUGCACAGCCAAGAACCUGGCCGGCUCCAACUCCUGCAAGGCUGAACUCACAGUCCACACAGAGCGACAAGAAGCAGAGGAGCCAAUGGAGGAUGAGGGAACCAUUCUGAGGAAGAUGAGGCGUUUGACGGAUUACUACGAUAUCCACAAAGAGAUCGGGAGGGGCACCUUCUCCUAUGUGAAGAGAGUGACUCAGAAGAAGGGAAAGGCAGAGUUUGCAGCAAAGUUCAUCUCAGCCCGAGGACGGAGAAAAGCUCUGGCCCUGAGAGAGAUGGACCUUCUGUCUGAGCUGGACAACGAGAAAAUUCUCUAUUUCCACGAUGCCUUUGAGAAGAAGGACGUGGUGGUGCUCAUCACAGAGUUAUGUCACGAGGAGUUCCUGGACAGAAUGACCAAAAAAACAACAGUCAUGGAGCUGGAGAUACGCAGUAGCAUUCAGCAGCUUUUGGAAGGACUUGGUUAUCUUCACCAAAAAAACAUCGCCCAUCUUGAUAUAAAGCCAGAAAACAUUUUAAUGGCGCGUCCUGGCCGUGACCAGAUUCGCAUUUGUGACUUUGGAAAUGCAAUAAAACUGGAGGCUUCGGAUCAGUACUACUGCAAGUAUGGCACGCCAGAAUACGUCGCUCCAGAGAUUGUGAACCAAACUCCCGUGUCCACGGCAACAGACAUAUGGCCUGUUGGCGUCAUCACUUACCUCUGUUUGACUGGUGUGUCUCCUUUCGCUGGUGAGAACGACAGGGCCAGUGCCUUAAACAUCCGUAACUACAAUGUGGCGUUUGAGGAGAGCAUGUUUUCUGACUUGUGCAAAGAAGCAAAGGGGUUUGUCAUCAAGCUUCUGGUGGUGGACAGACUGAGGCCCAGUGCCAUCGAGUGCCUUCGUCAUCCUUGGUUCAAGUCGCAAACAAACAAGAGCAUCAGUACAGCGAUGCUAAAGCAGGUUUUGUCAAGAAGAAGAUGGCAGCGUUCCCUCAUCAGCUACAAGGCCAAGAUGGUGAUGCGGUCCAUACCGGAAGUCCUGAACGACUCAUCCAGUCAUGUCUCUAUUGCCGUGGCUCGGCAUUUAAAAGAAGGCUCCCCACAACUUUCCUCUUCCUCUGAUUCAGAUGCAGAUGUAGAUGAGCUUCCCUUCAUUCCUAUGCCAUUGUCCAUGGUGUUCUCUGGCUCCAGAGUCUCCCUUAAUGAGAUCCCAGGGGAUGAAGAUGUCACUGGAUGGCCCAGUGUUGCAGCUAAUGGAAAAAGAAAGCAGGACAAUAUGGAGCUAGCAAGCACAAGAGGAGGGGCUACAAAAAGGUUGGCAGAUGAAGGGGAAACCCCAAAAGGGGAGAAAAUGGAGACAAAACGAGUUGGCCUUAAAAAGGGAUCGAGUGUGGAGUCAGAUGAAUCAGAGACAAAAGCAAGGAGGGGUACCAUGAGGAGGGGAAGCUCUGCUGAUUCAGCACUGCUUCUCCACAUUGACCCAGAAAAGGAAGACAGCAAUGAGGACUCAGAGAAAAGUAACAGUCUGAAAAAGUCAGUUUCUAUGGAGCUACCCAAUCGCAGCCCAAGCCCUGGGGCAGCAAAGUUAAGCCAGGAGGAUUAUGCCCUAAAAUUAGAAUUGAUGAGACAGCGGCUGCUCAGGGGGGGAAACAUCGACAAAAAGAUGAGCGGCCUGCGAGGACCCUUGUUUGAAACACUUGGUAUUGAGGAACAGAGGCAAACAGAGUCUCUUGAUCGCAAUUUGAGGAGAUCUAGAGCCGGACCAUCAACAAUCACCAGAGCAGCAUCUUCUGAGAGUCCUGUGGAGGAUAUUCCAAAGACCAAAGUUUUUCGCAAAAGCUCCUCCUUCACUCAAGGGGACUCUGAACCCAUGCCACUGCACCGCAGGUUUGGAGCUCCCUUAGAGAUCCCGUCUAUGAGCAAUGCUAGCGUAGAAGGGAAAAAGCUCCAGGAGGCAGCCUCAAUGUCAGCACUGACAGAACAAGCAACACUGGAGUCUACUUCUACUUCCCCAACAAAGAGGACUUCCUUUACACUUCCAAGACCAGGAGUGGACCAACAGAACAGUGUGCGAGAACAUGGAGACAUAGACAGGAUGACAAAGAGUAGGACCAAAACUCAGUUAGAACAAGCACAUAGAGUAGAGACCGAGUCCACAUCACCCUCUCUAAUCACUCCAAUAAUUGUGGUAGAGGAGGAAGAUGAAGCGGCUGGUAGAAAAGAAAAGCAGGAGUUACAUAGUGACAAACUUUCACCUGCUAUUACAAGUACCAUUCAGGCUGUCACAGUGCCAGUUCAAAAAUCUGCUGAGACCCCAAUAUCGAAGGACCCUGCAGCUACAGGGAAGCCAAAUGGUACAACAUGCACAGAUGUCCCUACAUUGCCUGAACAUCCAGCAGUAUACGCCAAGGUAGCAACUCCUGACCAAUCUCCUGCUUGUUCAUCAUCAAAUACUGAUCUUCCUACCGCCACCCGUCAGCUUGUGCUCAGGACAGAUAUCAAAGACAUUGAUUCAGAAGACGUCUUUGAAGCUAGGUUUAAGAAACGGGAGUCAUCUUUGACUCGUGGACUCCGAAAGUUGACCAGGAACAAAUCAGAGGAGAAAUCCCCGUUAUUAAGUCGUAAGGCGGUUGAGGGAGGUGAGGACAUUUACAGGCCAGGUCCAAGGGGUGCACCACUUGAAAUGGUUGCCAAGGGACUACAAGAGAAAUCUAAAUCUGUUCAGGAUUUAAGGGAAGACGAUAAGGAAACAGGCCUUGGUCGAAUUGGGAGAUUUUCCUUGCGGGCAAAGAAAUCGACGACCGCUGACAAGAAGGGUGAGAAACCAAAGGAGGAAUCUGCUGUAACCAAGAGGGUUUCAUGGGCCAUUGGGCGUAGCAAGUCCCUGGAUACAAAAGAGCCAAGCAGCACAGGGCCACAGAGGCAGGUAGAAGAAAGUGAGCAAAGAAAAGAUGAGGAGUCAUCGGUUUCUGCUAUGAGGCGCAGGUUUGAGUCCAAAGUGGCAGGAAUUUCUGCCAAGAUUAGGCCACAAUCUGAGGAGAGAAAGAAUAAAGAUGCUGAGGGAAGUCAAAAAGACUUGGUGCAAAAGGACUCCAAAAAAGUCACAGAUUCCCCUAUCCUCGCAAUGCGACAGAAGUUUGAGAACAAAGUGGCAGGAUUAUCCUCAAAGAUCCGUAGUCAGUCUGAGGAGAGAAAAGGAGAGUCUGAGGGAAAGAGGACACCCUUGUUUACGCGCCAUCGUCAUUCCCAAUCGGAGGGACGUGGACUCCAAGGAAUGGGCAUCCCUGAAAAUCAACUGGCACAACAGGCUGGCACUGGUGCGUCCAAGGAGUCAAAUGAAUCCGUGUCUAGCUUCCAUUCCGAAAAAGGCUCAGAGAGUGACAGGCGUUCACGGUGGGACAGGUGGGGGUUGACAAGAAGCAAGAAAGAAAAAACCCCUUCCCAGUCUGAUCUGUCUUCAUCCAUCCCCAAAGAGGGGGCUUUGUCAAACAGUCAGCAGUUCAUCCGCUCUGCUUCAGAUUUUGCUCCUGUGUUCCACAUUAAACUGAAAGACCACAUCUUGUUGGAGGGAGAGUCUGUCACCCUCAGCUGUCUUCCAGCAGGAAGUCCACAUCCGGAAAUUACAUGGAAGAAAGAUCGCAAUCCACUGGAGGUGGAUGACCGCAUCAGCCUGGUCUCUCACCCUGAUGGCAGGGAGCUACUUACCAUCAUGAAGUCCUGCCGGAAAGACACUGGAAUUUAUGAGUGUGUAGCUACCAACCCUAUAGCUACCAUCACCACCUCCUGCACACUAUCCAUAGCUUGUGUCCCAAAACGUCCAGGAACCCCCGAAGUCCCCCAGACUUUUAACAACACAGCUCUGGUCCUAUGGAAGCCAGCAGACACUCAGUCCCCGUGCAGCUACACGCUAGAAAGGAAAGCAGAAGGAGAUUCCAAGUGGACGAUUGUGGCGACCGGUGUAAUUGACUGCUACUACAACGCCACAGAUCUGCCAGCAUGUGGCACCUUCAGGUUCCGCGUCUGCUGCGUCAACAAAGCUGGACAGGGGCCACACAGCAACCAGUCUGCUCCAGUCUGCCUGGACUCAGCAGCUGAGAGUGUAUCACCCAUUGUAGCCAUUGUGAAAACGGUCCCAACACCACCAGUUGUCACCUCCUCAGUGAUCGGGCCUCUGUUCAAACCAGUCCAGUACAGUGCUCCCAGGAUAACCGUCCCCACCAUCACCUCCACGUCCACCUCUCCUAAAGACCCCUCACCUGUGGUGGUCCCGCCCAUACCUGCGUCCUCUCUGCCUCCCAGUCCUGCAGAAAAACCUUCACCAGCAUCGUCAGGCACGGCAACUGCAGAGGCUCCAAAAACAAGCUCCGGUCUUCCUUCUUCACCCACGGUCAAGGCACCUCCGCCGUUUGUCCUCCCCAAACCCCAGAGUCCAGUCAACGUGGUGACCCCUAUGACCCAGACCCCAUUCAUAUCACCCCCACCUCCUCUUGUCACCCCACCCUUGACCCCCACAAAAUCAGCAGUGGCUUCUGUGCCCACAUAUGUUCCCACCGCCACCAUCACUGCUCGUGUGGCGCCAACUCCUGUCUCAUUUACCCCCCAAGUUCUCCAGGCAUCCAGCCUGAGCCCCAUCGGUGAUGGGUCCAGUACCCCCACCAGGGGUACCCCAUCAGGACGUACCACACCCUCUACUGCUCUACGACAGGGGGUUCCACAGAAACCCUACACUUUCCUGGAUGAGAAAGCCAGAGGUCGGUUUGGAGUGAUCCGCGAGUGCCGGGAGAAUGCGACAGGCAAGAUCUUCAUGGCAAAGAUCAUUCCCUACAGUCAGGAGAACAAGUCGGACAUCCUGAAGGAGUACGAGAUCCUUAAGUCCCUUCACAAUGAAAAGGUGAUGUCACUGCACGAAGCUUAUGUCACACCGCGUUACCUGGUGCUGGUGGCAGAGUACUGCACCGGUAAAGAGCUGCUGUACAGCCUCAUCGACAGGUUCCGUUACUCUGAGGACGACGUGGUGGGGCACCUGGUCCAGAUCCUACAGGGUGUCGAGUACCUCCACAGCCGCCGUGUCCUCCACCUUGAUCUAAAGCCCGACAACAUCAUGGUGACCAACCUCAACGCCAUCAAGCUUGUGGACUUUGGCAGCGCCCAGAGCUUCAACCCCCUCAGCCUCAGACAGCGGGACUCCAGAGUAGGAACACUGGAAUACAUGGCUCCUGAGAUGGUAAAAGGAGAAGUGGUUGGUCCUCCUGCAGAUAUCUGGACUGUUGGGGUUGUCGCCUACGUUAUGCUUAGUGGUCGACUGCCCUUUGAAGAUAAAGACCCUCUAAAGGUUGAAUCCAAAAUCCUGAUGGCAAAGUUUGACUCAACAAAACUGUACCCAAAUGUGUCCCAAAGUGCCUCUGCCUUCCUCAAGAAGAUGUUGAGCAGUUACCCGUGGGCUCGUGCCACGAUACGAGACUGCUUCAUGCACGCUUGGCUUCAGGAUUCCUACCUGAUGAAGCUGAGAAGACAAACACUCACCUUCACCUCCAACCGUCUCAAAGAGUUCCUGGUGGAACAGCAGUGCAGUCGCACGGAGGACGCCACAAAGCACAAAGUGCUGCUGCGCACCUACCAGAGCACGACGCAGCCCCCGACGCCUGGCACUGCGGCGCGUGUUCCCAGCUGAAGUGAAGCGACGGUGCAAGUGAACAACCGCACCGGACAUGGGUUUGCGGCGCCUCGUUCUGCCGAGAGUGAAGCAGAACAUCAACUUUCGAUGCAUCUCAGCUCCUCUGUGAAUAAGUGCUGUGUGGAAAAUGUCAGCCUGCAAAAAAGAGAGGAGCACACAGGAGAUGUGCAAGACAGCUGCUUUAAAGCUGUAGUAACAGUAGAACAGGUUUGAGCUCUCAACACUAAUGGGAUCCUGAGGUGAAACAACAACACUAAGAGGAGAGGAAAGAGCAGCACACUGCUGUGACGUCUGAAUGAUUCACAAACUGUUCAUCCACCGAGAGAACACGGGCUGUUCUGGGGCUUUUUUUUGUUUUUUUUUGUUUUUAUCGAUUGCACAAUUUCUCAGUCGUGCGGUGAAUUCUUAAAGUGCACAUUAAUCUUUGGUUUUUCAACAAAACACUGGUCAUCCACACUGCACUACUGCCUUUGUGUCACGAAAUUUAGUAGUAAACAACUCAUGUGAAUGUAUCAUGAUUUAAGCUGCUAAAUUACACAUUUUAAAAGUCCAAAAAAUAUAUUUUUUUUGUCUUGAAAUUGUUUACUUUUUUUCCAUGUUAAUUUAUUUGCAUGUGUGUAUGUAUUUGUGUGUGUGUGCGAGUGCGAGGAAGCAUUUUUGAUUCACUUUUCAAAUUGGCUUCGAAGCCAAAAACAAUAAGAUUUUUUUUUAAAAAGAAGAAGUGUGUUUGUGGUCGGUGUUAGGAUUCACACAGUGAAAAUGAUGUGUUUUAGGGUGAGUUAGGACUUUGUGGUGAAACGUCUCGUUCUGUGGUUUAAAACUCAACUUUUUACCUGUGAUACAACUCUGGAAAGCAGUCUGUGAUGUAGAUAGUGUUUUCUUUUGAAAAGCCACACUAAAAGUAAAUUACUGUGCUGUUGUUUCUCAGUGUUACCCAUCAGUUGGUCUGGUUGCUUAAGUCACGAUUGCCCAGUUAGUGCCUAAACCAAAUUAACAUCGAAAACAUUUAUCAUGUAAAUGUUACACCUGGAUUAUUUGAAUAAAGCAAAAAAAAUAUAUAGUAUUAGGACUUGCAUAAGAGCAGACAUGCAUAUAGAUUCUUAUAUAUACAUUUAUACAGGCAUACAUACAGUACACACAGUCCUUGUAAUAAUAGAAUGUCUUGUGUAUUUGCUCUUUCACAGUUUCUUUUUUUGUAUGAAUUUGGACGGUUGACGAUUUGUAAAUGUACCAAUUUUGCGGUGUUUGUAUGUGGAAGAUUUGAAAAUGUUUUUAUGACAUAGUACGUAUGUAAUAAACUAUUGAUACCGUUAGGGAAAUGA